UCCAUUCAAUAACGAGUUAUAGACGUUUCGCUGAUGAGUCACUCGAUGUGUGACACCAGGGGAGAGACACAGUAAACCUGUGGAGGUGGAAAUUAUUCGACAACUCAGAACGAUCAACCGAUUGUGAGCAAUAUUCGAAACGUAGUGGGGUUUUUUGGCGGGGGGCUAUUUUCACGCUCUGGUUUAGAAUCAGGAGUGCAUAUUGAGAACAUUUAGUCAGUGCUUUGGAAGCUACCAAGUAACCACUAGAAUAGACGAACGAUUCGACGACGCGCCGUGCGACGGGACGAUAAAGUAGAUCGCGAUAACGUGGAGUGCGUGAGAGGUGCGAGUGUGUGGUGCCGAGCUGUUCUUAACUCUCGAAAGAAGGCAGGGUUAAUGAGAACUCUAUCGGAAUAAAGGGUCAGAAAAGGCAUGGGAGUGGCCGAGGACUUCGCUCCCAGCUUUACGCAGAAGCCGCAACUCAGACAAGAAGACGAUGGAAACAAGUUGGUUUUCGAAUGCCAGUUAUUGGCGUCUCCGAAACCGGAUAUACAAUGGUACCGGAGCGACACACUUCUCAGCGCAGACAGCAGAACCAUUUUCAAAAUACAGUCCAUAGGCACCAACAAGUAUUUGGUCGUGCUCGAAUUAGACGAUGUUAUCGAAACUGACGCGGGCCUUUAUAAGGUCAAAGCGAAAAAUACGAUGGGAGAAGUGGCCGCUUCCAUCAACCUCAAUUUCAGCCCUAUGGACGAGCCGAAAGAAAAACAAAUCGACGGUCUAGCGCCAACGUUUGCCAAAAAACCAGCGAUUCGACAAGAGGAAGACGGCAAAAAGCUGCUCUUCGAAUGUCGGAUACAAGCUGACCCUCGUCCGGUCGUCAAUUGGUUCCACAAUAACAACCCCGUUAAAGAAUCUCCACGCCACAAGUUGAGGAUAGAGAAGGACGGACACUCGUACUUUGCAACCCUUGAAAUAGUAAAUGUCACGGUCGAGGAUGCUGGCAAAUACAAGGUGACGGCAAAGAACGAGUUGGGAGAGAGCAAUGCGACGAUCAGCCUCAACUUUGACAGCGAUGAAGCACCGGUUCCGGAGCAGGAGGGCAUCAAACCCACCUUUACCGAGAGACCGGUCAUCAGGCAAACGGACGAUGGGGCUACUAUCACGUUCGAAUGUCGGUGCGUCGGCGAUCCCAAGCCGGAUAUUAAAUGGUAUCACGGCAAAGAGGAGAUCGACGAAAAUUUCCGUUACGCGAUCUCGAUGGACCUGGACCAAAAACUCUACUAUCUGGCGAGGCUCGAAAUCAGCAACGUACAAAAAAACGACUCGGGAGAGUAUCGGGCGGUCGCGACCAACAAGUACGGUAGCGCUGUGGCGACCAUCAGCCUUAAUUUCGAAAGCAACGAGAGACCCAAAAUACCCGACGGGAAAGCUCCGCGAUUCCCUAAGAAGCCCACAAUUCGGCAAGAGGGCGACGUCCUGAUCAUGGAAUGCCUCUUGGAGGCGAACCCUGACCCGGACAUCACUUGGUUUCAGAGCGAAAAAAGCAUAGCGGACAGCACGCGCGUUCGCAUGCUAAGGAAAACGACGACCAAAGACACUUAUCUUCUCACUUUAGAGAUAGCGAAUCCGACUAGAUCGGACGGCGGCAAUUAUAGAUGUAACGCGUUCAACGCGUACGGCGAAAGCAACGCCAAUAUCGCGCUUAAUUUCCAAGGUGGAGACGACGAUGCCGGUUUUGCACCGUCGUUCAUCGAAAAACCGAAAAUAAUCCCGAACGAGAGCGGGACUUUGAUUACGAUGAAAUGCAAAUGCAAAGCGAAACCCAAACCGGAUGUCACGUGGUUCCGUGGAACCACCGUCGUGAAAGAGUCGUCGAAAAUCACCCUCCGAGUGGUCGACGUCGAAGAAGACAUCUACGAAUUGAUACUCGAAAUUAAGGAUCCGUCCGGACCGGAUGGAGGCACUUACCGAUGCCACGUGAAAAAUGAAUUCGGCGAGAGCAACGCGAAUUUGAACCUCAAUAUCGAAGCGGAACCGGAACCCGAAGGCGACGGACCGACUUUCGUGGAAAAACCUAGAAUUACUUCACACCAAGGCGGCAAACUGGUCAUAAUGGAAUGUAAAGUACGCGCGAAUCCCCAACCGACGAUCGUUUGGUACCGCGAAGGAAAACAGGUGACCGAAUCUAGCAAAAUCAAAAUUAGCUUCGAGAAAGUCGAAGAAGACGUCUAUUACAUCAAACUGGAGCUGAAAGAUCCCGGAAUGGAAGAUUCCGGACUGUACAAAUGUAAUAUUAAGAACACCCUUGGGGAACUUAACGCCAAUUUGACGUUAAAUAUUGAAAUCAUCCCUGUCAUCAAGGAAAAACCGAAGGUCAUUAAGAUUAUCAAGAAGAAAACCGUUAUCGUUGAGUGUAAAGUAAUGAGCAAGUUCGCACCAGAUUGCACUUGGUAUAAAGAGGACAACGCGGUCAAAGAAGACGCCAGACACUCGGUUCAAGUGGAGCAAGUCAAAGAGGGCGAAUUUGCGGUUAAAUUAGAAAUAUCCGACGUCAACAAAACCGACAAAGGCAUGUACAAAUUAGUCGCCAAAAACGAGAAAGGUGAAGCGACGUCCCAAACCGUCGAAGUAACGGAACUACCGCCCGAGGAAAAACCGAGAGGUGAAAAACCAAAGCUCACCAAACUCACCAACAUCACUAUCGAAGAAGGCAAAUCGGCAGAUUUUAUUUCGUCGCUCAAAGUGACGGACAAGACAGUUGUCAUAACUUGGUAUAAAAAUACGACCGUUAUCAAAGAAUCCAGCGACUACAAAACAACGUUUGACGGCACAGUAGCUCGACUCAGCGUAUCCAAGUGCAAAACAACGCACUCUGCCACUUACAAAAUUGUAGCUAAAAACGAAUUUGGCGAAGAUGAAUCGUCCGCUUUGCUCACCGUGAAAAAGAAACAGGAAGAAGAAGAUGAGGAGGAGGAGGAGGAGGUGGAAAAAUCUGAGGAAGAAGAUGAGGUAAAACUAAAAGAGGAGAGCGAAGAAAGCGAGGAUUCCUCGUACGAGGAGGUAGAGGAAAAGAAGCAAGAGAAAAAGGAAGAAAAGAAGGAGGAGAAAAAGGUCGAGAAGAAAAGCGAAAAGAAGGAGGAGGAGAAAAAGGUAGAAAAGAAAGUGGAAGAGAAAAAAUUGGAGAAAAAGGUCGAAAAGAAGGACGAAACGAAGGAAGAAAACAAGCUAAUUCAAAAGAAGAACGAAGAGAAGAAAGUCAACGAUAUUGACAAGCUAGUCAAAAAUCAAAAGGAGGAGGAAAAAACCGGCGAGAAAAAGACAACCAGGCGAUCUUCUGUGCAAAAGGUCGAAGAAAAAACGGAACGCAGGAGCUCGAUAAUCAAAACGGAAGAAAAAGUCGUGCAAGACGGCGAAACGAAAUCUACUAAUCGCAAGUCUUCCAUAGUGGAAGAAUCUAAAAGCGAAUCUCGCCGAUCUUCUCUGAUCGAAGAGAAGAAAAAGAAAACUGGUGUAGAAACGAAAAAAUUAGAAUCUACACCGGAAGGGAAAACACCCAACCACGUCGACGACACCACUGCUAAAAAAACCGAAAGCAUAAAACAAACAGCCCAAACAAAAGUCAAAUCGCCACCACCUAAAGACGAGCCGGCUAAAACUGCCGCAAAGCAAACCCCGGCUCAAAACGAGCAAAAAAUUAAAUCUCCACCACCGGCGGAGGCAAAAACACCCGAACCCGUACAAAAAACCCAACUCAAAGAACCCGAACAGAAAACUCAAGCUAAACCCACACCAGAGAAAAAGCCCGAACUCAAAACAGCCACUUCCGAAGUGCCCGAUUUGAACCAAACGCGUAGUAUUUUGAAAAAGACUGAGCCGAAACCGCAAGCAGCUAAACUAAAGCCGGACGAGGAAAAACCAAAGAAGCCGAUACCGCCGAAAGCUGAAAUUAAAUCCGGUAGCUUCUUGAACAUACAAUUAAAACCCGUUAAAAAAGAAGGCAAAACAACCGAAAAAGCUACUUUAGAAGUUGACCUUAAGAAAAGUGAAGGCGAAAAGGUCGAGAAAACCGCGGUGAAACGCGGCUCGAAAGCAGAAAAAUUCGACGUGAACGCUUGGGAAAACAUUCCCGACUACGAGCGUCCCGUUUUGGAAAAAUUCGAACCGCACGAAAAAUCGGAAUACGCCGGACGGGAGAAAACGAAGCUUUCGAAGGAUUAUCCCCAACUUGUUGCCGAGGGUAAAGAAAAACCGGCCCUAUCGGCCGAGCAAAGGCCCAGCGUGCCUCAAAUUAAAACUCCGGAGGCGCCGAAAAUUGAAGUAAUCAAGGAAAAAACCCCGGAGCCUAGAAAAAAAUCAUUGGACACCGGUCCAGGUGCCGGAGCUGGGAGUAGACGUGGGUCUUUGAUACCACCCGAAGCGAUGGGCCGACGGGCUAGUCUCAUAAUAUCAGACGAGGAACAUAGGAAACUCAGACCCGGAGAAGUGAUUGACGAUAAAAAGGGAGGAAAGUUACGACCCGGAGAAGUCCUUGAUCCGAAGCGCCGGCGUCCGAGUUCUGAAGUUCGACGACCGAGCAUCGCCGAACUCGAAGACCUCAUAAAUAAACCUUCCACCCCGUUGAAACCGUCAGGCCCCAAAGGGCACGCCCCUAGCAUAAUAGACGUACAGGAGAACUACUCCUCAGUCGAAGAUCAAACCGCAUAUAUUACAAUACAAGUCGAAGGCGAUCCGCCCCCCACUUUUAAAUUCUAUAAGGGUGUUACAGAAAUUAUUGAAGGUGGUCGAUUUAAAUUUUUGACAGACGGCGAAACCAAUUUGAUCACCCUCUGUAUAAGGAAAGUAAAACCGAACGAUGAGGGUCAAUAUAAAGUGGUGGUUUCUAACGUACACGGUGAAGAUAAGGCAGAGAUGAUGUUGUACGUAGCUGGUGCCGGUGGCGUUGACUUCCGUUCAAUGCUGAUGAAAAGAAAAUAUGCGAAGUGGGACAAAGACAAAGAGGACCCCGAUUGGGGCGACUUAAAAGAAGUCGAAAAACCGAUACCGCAACUCAAAAAGGUCGAAAAGAAAGCGGAAUCAUUUUUGAAACCCUUAGUCGACCAAUACGCGAAAGAAGGAAAAGACAAAAAAGUGGUAUUCGAAGCCGGAUUUUCGAAGCCGAAUUGCAAACCGAAAUGGCUUUUCCGAAAAGACGAAUUAUUCCAAGGCGCCAAGUACAAAUUCAAAAACGAAAACGACAUUUACCAACUCAUCAUUUCCAACCCCAAAGUGGAAGAUUCGGGGAAAUACACCAUCGAAAUCGGUGGUGUACACUGUACUGCUUUCCUUAACGUAGACGAACCCGAUCCGUGUUACACUUUUACCAAACCUUUGAAAAAGAAGCACGACGGAUAUACGGAACAUGAAGUGGAGCUCGCCUGUACAGUGAGCAAUAGUUUGGCGAUAGUCGGUUGGUAUAAAGGAACGACCAAAUUAGAAGACAACGACAAAUUUAGUAUUUCAAAAGACUUGAGCGGUGUUUGUCGUCUGACGAUUAAAAACUGUACGUUCGACGAUGCCGGCGAAUAUAGUUGCAAACUGGAAAAACAAAACGACAAAACCCAAACCACCGUCGCCAUCGUAGAAUACCCCUACAAGUUCGUCAAAGUGUUGAAACAUCAACAACAUGUUGAAAAAGAGAACAUCACCUUCCUUUGCGAGCUGAACGACGCCGGUGGCGAAGUGAAAUGGUUCAAAGGCGAUCAAGAAAUCAAACCGGAUAAAAGAUUAGUAAUCAGCAAAGACGGAAGAAAGAGGAAAUUGGUGAUCAAAGACGCGAAAGUGACCGACGCCGGGAUGUAUUCCUGCGUGAGCAACGCCGAUAAAACCGAAGCGGAAUUAGUCGUCAAUUACCUCAACCGUUUUAAUAAAAAACUCAAAGAUACCAUCGGAAUUGAACGAGAACGACUCGUGCUCGAUAUCGAGCUGCAAGAUCAAACCGCUCCUGCCGAAUGGUUCUUCAACGGUGAACCCAUCGUGCCCUCGGAAAGGGUCGAGAUAAAAAAUCUCGGCGGCGGUAAACACCAGCUGAUCUUCAACAAACUGGACAUGGCCGAUAACGGCGAGAUUAAAUGUGAAUCCGGUAAAAUGGAAUCCACUAUGAAAUUGACGGUAAAUAAAGGAGAAAGUGCACCCGUCAUCGACUUCCCGUCUACCUUCGAGGCACCCGCUAACCAACCCAUAAUCAUGGAGGUCCCGUACAAAAUUCAAGGUACAAGGCAGACCCAGCUAGAGGCGAAACUUAUAAAGGAUGGAAAAAUCCUCCCUUUGAAAGACGUCGACGUAAUAAUAGCCGAAGACAAGGUCACCUUCAAAAUCAAAAAACCCAGCCGAGACCAGUCCGGUCCGUACCAGAUCAAAUUGUCAAACGGCCAAGGAGAAGACGUGAAAGAUGUAAAAAUUAUUAUGCAAGAUGUGCCGGCACCGCCCGAAGAUGUAGACGUAAAAGAAAUCUUUCAGACACAUUGCAAGGUGUCCUGGAAACCACCAAAAGAUGACGGCGGUUCGCCUUUGUUGCAAUAUGUCGUCGAAAGACAGGACCUCAGCUUGAAAGCGGGUUGGGACAAUGUUGGCGAAGUGAAACCGAACCAACCUACCGUGUUUAAAGUAGAAGGCCUUACGCCCAAAAAACAAUACAAAUUUAGGAUUAGGGCUGUUAAUAAGUUAGGCUCUAGUGAGCCCGCCUUAUUUGCUAAGCCCGUACUCGCUAAGGAUCCUUGGGACGAACCAAGCAAGCCGAACGACGUCCAAGUCGUCGACUGGGACAAGGACCACGCCGAUUUAAAAUGGUCUCCGCCGGAAAAUGAUGGAGGGGCACCUAUUACCAGCUACAUAAUUGAAUACAAGGAUAAAUUUGGUAAAGAGUGGGCAAAAGGUAUCGAGGUCCCAGGCGAACAACUAAGUGGAACCGUACCGGGGUUGAAAGAAAACAGCCAGUACGAAUUUCGUGUUAGGGCCGUGAACAAAGCCGGACCUGGUGAGCCUAGUGAUGCCACCAAACCGAUCAUCGCCAAAUGCAGAUUCGUUAAGCCGUUUAUUAUCGGCGACGACUUGAAGAGCAUCAUCAUUAAGAAAGGGCAGAUUAUUAAAUAUGAUAUCAAAUUUGGUGGAGAACCUGAACCGGCGGUUCAAUGGUUCUUAGAUCAGAAAGAAGUCAAAGCCGAUCUGGAGGAAAGAGUUACCCUCGACUUGUACGAGAAAAACACCAUCUUGACGGUCCGAAGGGCCACCAGAGCCGACAGCGGUAAAUACAGACUGGUGCUUACCAACAGUUCCGGCACGUGCGAGGGCGUUGCCGAAGUGAUCGUCCUCGACAAACCUACCCCACCAAAGGGACCCUUAGAACCGGAAGAAAUCAGAGCGGAUCACGUGACAGUUAAAUGGCAAAAACCCGAAGACCUGGGAGGAACCGAUCUAACCGGUUACGUUUUGGAAAAAAUGGACAUGGACACUGGCAGAUGGGUAUCCGCCGGAGAAGUAGGUCCGGGAGAUACAAAGUUCACGUUCAAAAAUUUAACCCCCAAGAAAAAAUACAAGUUCAGGGUAAGAGCGAAGAAUAAGGAAGGCGAAUCGGAACCUUUGGAGACCACCGAUUUCAUCUUGGCCAAAAAUCCGUACGACGAACCGGGCGCGCCUGGUAAACCGGAAAUUGUUGAUUAUGACAACAAGAGCGUUUCGCUGAAAUGGGCCAAACCGGAAAACGACGGCGGACGUCCGAUUACCCACUACACGAUAGAAAUGAAGGACAAGUUUUCGCCCGAUUGGAAAGAAGUUUCGAAAACGUCAGACAAUAAUCCGGAAGCGAAGGUAGAAGGUCUCAAAGAGAAUCAAGUUUAUCAAUUUCGUGUGCGCGCCCAUAACAAGGCGGGACCCAGUGUUCCAUCCGAAGCUACCGACAAUCACCUCUGCAAGCACAGGAACUUAAAACCGCGUAUUGACAGAGAAACGUUUAAGUCGGUCACGAUUAAGGCCGGAAGGACCCAUAAAUGGGCGGUCGAUUUUAUGGGCGAACCGCCACCGGAAGUUAAGUGGGUUUGGCGUGAUAACAUCCCGCUCACGAACACGGAAAGGAUUAAAAUCGAAAACAGCGAAUAUCACACGGACUUCACUUUGCUCAAUGCGGUGAGGAAAGAUACCGGAAAAUACACUUUGAUAGUGGAAAAUUGUAACGGCAAAGACCAAGAAACUGUCGAACUGACGGUUCUUAGUAAACCGGACGCGCCGAAAGGUCCGCUUGUAGUUAGCGACGUCACUGCGGAAAAAGCCAAAGUCAGCUGGAAAAAGCCGGAAGAUGACGGCGGAAGUCCCAUCAAGGAAUACGAAAUUGAAAAAAUGGAUGUGGCUACGGGAAAAUGGGUGCGUUGUGGUAGAGUUCCCGCUGAUAAAUUAUCACCCGACGGUAAAGGGGAGUUUGAAGUAACCGGCCUGAAUCCCGGUUCGGAAUAUAAAUUUAGAGUAACGGCAGUGAACGAUGAAGGCGAUUCGGAACCCCUGGUCGCAGACAGACCGAUUCUGGCUAAAAAUCCAUUUGACGAACCAGGUAAACCGGGUGUGCCCGAAAUCGUAGACUACGACAACAAAGGUGUUAAUUUGAAAUGGACACCUCCGGCUAAUGAUGGCGGUGCUCCGAUCGAGAAAUACAUAAUCGAAAAGAAGGAUCGUUACAAACCCGAUUGGGAGAAAGCAAUUGAAGUACCUGGAGAUCAGUUGGAAGCCCGGGUAGAAGAUUUGAAAGAACGCGGUGAAUAUCAGUUCCGCGUUAAGGCAGUCAACAAAGCCGGACCUGGUCAACCAUCUGACGCUUCCCAAAUGCAAAUUAUUAAACACCGAGCACUGAAACCGAGAAUUGACCGAACGAAUCUGAAACCCAUCAUCGUCCGUGCUGGCAAACCCAUCAAAUAUGAUAUCGACGUCAGAGGUGAACCUCCACCGACGUGCACAUGGAUUCACGCGGAUACGGAACUUAAAUCGGAAGGAAAUGUCGAAAUUAUUAACGUCGACUAUAACACCAAGUUAAACAUCACCAAUUCCAUACGGAAAAAUACCGGAGUGUACAGAAUAAAAGCUGUUAACGAACAUGGUUCCGACGAAGCGGAAGUUGAAGUCACGGUACUGUCGUCGCCUUCUAAGCCCAAGGGUCCGCUUAAAGUAUCCGAUGUAACCAAAAGCGGAUGCAAACUUAAAUGGGACAAACCGGAAGAUGACGGUGGAAAGCCCGUCACCGGUUACGUCGUCGAAAAACUGGAUAAACAAACGGGGAGAUGGGUUCCCGUGGGACGUACGGGACCCAACGACACGGAAAUGGACGUUAAAGGUCUCCAAGAGGGACACGAAUACGACUUCCGGGUGAAAGCGGUUAAUGACGAAGGCGAAUCGGAUCCCCUCGAUUCUGAGGGAACGAUCGUCGCCAAGAAUCCGUACGACAUACCCGGUAAGCCUGGAACUCCGGAAAUUACCGACUGGGAUGCCGAUCGUGUCGACUUGAAAUGGACGGCCCCAAAAAGCACCGGAGGUGCGCCCAUUACCGGUUAUGUAAUAGAAAAGAAAGAGAAAUUCUCCACUUCUUGGGAUGAGAUUCUUACCACAGACAGUCCAAGCUGCGAAGCGAGGGUACCCGGAUUGAAAGAGGGCAAUACGUACCAGUUUCGGGUAAGGGCAGUGAACAAAGCUGGUCCCGGUGAACCGUCGGAACCAACUGGACAACACGUCGCUAAACCAAGACACCUACGACCUCUCAUUAACCGAGAAAAACUCCACACUGUCAAAGUUCGUGCAGGGCAACUGGUCAAAUUCGACGUCGACGUCAAAGGCGAACCUCCACCGAAAUGCACCUGGAGCUUUGCCAAUAAACCUUUGGAAAAUGGCCCUAAUGUUAAGAUCGAAAAUGAAGAUUACAACACCAAGAUCACUCUAUCUGAUACCAAACGAAAAGACACCGGCACCUACACGAUCCGUGCCGAAAACGAAUCGGGAUUCGACGAAGCACCCGUCGAGGUUAUCAUACUGGACAAACCUGGAAAACCGGAAGGACCGCUGGAAGUCAGCGACGUCCACAAAGAAGGGUGCAAAUUAAAAUGGAACAAACCCAAAGACGAUGGCGGACUGCCAAUUACAGGCUACGUGGUGGAGAAACAAGACACCCAAACUGGACGAUGGGUUCCGGCAGGGUUCGUGGACGCCGACAAGACCGAUCACGAAAUAACCGGCCUGGAGCCGAACAAAAAAUACAAUUUCCGCGUGAAAGCUGUAAACGAAGAAGGGGAGUCGGAACCGUUGGAAACAGAUACCGCCACCCUGGCUAAGAAUCCUUACGACGUUUCGUCGCCACCUGGAAUGCCCGAAAUCGUCGAUUGGGAUGAACAUUCGGUUAAACUUAAAUGGGACAAACCAGUUAGAGACGGAGGUGCGCCGAUAACGGGCUACGUUAUCGAGGCGAUGGAUAAAUUCGGAGGACAGUUCGUUAAAGUUGCCGAAGUCGGGCCUCAAUGCACCGGAACGGUACCAAAAUUAGAAGAAGGAAAUCAAUACAAGUUCAGGAUAAGAGCCCUUAAUAAGGCGGGUCAAUCGGAACCUUCCGAACAAACAAAUUGGCAUACGGCCAAAGCGCGAUUCUUGAAACCACUUAUCGACCGGACAAAUUUGAAGCCGCUAACGGUUAAGGCUGGUUUAUCGAUCAGCUUGGACGUCAACAUUCAAGGCGAGCCGCCGCCGACCGUUACUUGGCUGUACGACGGCAAAGAAAUCGCUUCGUCUGAAGAGAUUCGCAUCGAUAACAUCGAUUACAAUACGAAAUUCUUCAUUCUUCGUUCGAAGAGGGCUCAAUCUGGCAAAUAUACCAUCAUCGCGAAGAACUCGGAAGGAGAAGACCAAGCGGAUGUUGAGAUUUCCAUUUUAGGCAAACCGUCGGCUCCUAAAGGUCCUCUCGAUGUCUCUGACGUCACCAAACACGGUUGCAAGCUGAAAUGGAAAAAACCAGAUGACGACGGUGGUACUCCAAUCGAUCAUUACGAAAUUGAAAAACUCGAUCCAUUAACUGGACAGUGGAUAACGUGUGGUAGAAGUACCGAACCAGAAGCUAACAUUGUAGGGCUCCAAGAAGGAAAGCCGUACAAAUUUAGAGUUAAAGCUGUGAACAAGGAAGGCGAAUCUGAACCGCUCGAGACUGAAAAAUCAAUAAUUGCGAAGAAUCCAUUCGAUGAACCCAGUAAACCGGGUAGACCAGAUCUCAAAGAUUGGGACAAAGAUUUCGUCGAACUUAGUUGGAAAGCUCCGGUCAGUGAUGGCGGAGCACCUAUCGAAAAAUACAUCAUCCAAAUGCACGACAAAGCUGGUAGGGGUUGGGUCGAUGCUGCCACUGUCCCCGGCGACAGAACUAACGGGCGUGUAGAUAACGUUGAAGAAGGACACGAAUACGAAUUCAGAAUCGUCGCUGUGAACAAAGCCGGCCCCAGCGAACCUAGCGAUCCAUCCAAACCCGUAAUAGCCAAACCCAGAUUCUUGGCACCCAAAAUCGAUCGCAGGAAUCUUCAGAAGAAGGUACUUAGACCUGGCCAAUUGCUUCGACUUGAAGCUGAUGUUAAAGGCGAACCACCACCGACUGUGACGUGGACUCUGAAAGAACAAACGUUAAGAAACAACGACAGAAUUAAAAUCGAUAACGAAGAUUACCACACUAGUUUUGUAUUGCAGAAAGUUCAACGUACCGAUACUGGUAUUUACACGGUAACUGCCCGAAAUGAUUCGGGUGUUGAUACGGUCGACGUUGAGCUUUUGGUGGUCAGUAAACCAUCGAAACCUAAAGGUCCCUUAAAGGUGUCUGACGUUACUGCGGAUGGAUGUAAACUGAAAUGGGAACCGCCAGAAGAUGAUGGUGGUGAACCGGUAACUGGAUACGUGGUGGAAAGAAUGGACGUAGAAACAGGCAGAUGGGUUCCAGUAACCACGACCAAAACGCCUGAAGCCGACGUUACGGGAUUAAACGAGGGAAAAGACUAUCAAUUCCGAGUCAAGGCCAUCAAUUCUGAAGGCGAAUCGGAGCCUUUGGUGACCGACGAACCCACGACGGCGAAAAAUCCCUACACGGAACCAGACUCGCCGGGUAAACCCGAACUCAAAGACUGGAAUAAAGAUCAUGCUGAUCUUAAAUGGACACCGCCUAAAAACGACGGUGGUGCUCCAAUCGAGAAAUACAUUAUCGAGAAAAAAGAUCCGGUUACCGGAAAAUGGCAUAAGGCCGUUGAGGUACCCGCCAACAAAACCGAAGCGAGAGUACCCGAUUUACAAGAAGGUCAAAAGUAUCAAUUCCGCGUUAAAGCGGUAAACAAAGGAGGUGAAAGCAAACCGUCACCACCAUCGGAAACAAUUACCGCCAAAGAUCGAUUUGUCCCGCCAAAGAUCGACCGCAGUACUCUGAAAGAUUUAACAGUUAAAGCCGGCCAGCAUAUUAGGCUUGACGUGAAGGUUUCCGGCGAACCACCGCCGACUAAAACAUGGUUCCUUAACAAAGCUCGUAUUGAAAAUCGAGACGACAUUAAUAUCGAUUUGGAAGACUACAGGACCAAACUUGUAAUCGCGGUUGCCAAACGUGAACACACCGGCACGCUCGUCCUCAAAGCUGAAAAUAACUCCGGCAGAGACGAGGCUAGCAUCGAAAUCAAAGUGCUCGACAAACCGGGCAAACCCGAAGGUCCCCUUAGGAUCAGUGACGUUCAUAACGAAGGGUGCGCCCUUAAAUGGAACGCCCCGCUGGACGAUGGGGGUGUUCCUAUCGAGUACUACCAAGUUGAAAAACUGGACACGUCUACUGGUCGAUGGGUGUCUGCCGGGCGUGCUAAAGAACCCAAAAUUGAACUGAACAAUUUAGAACCUGGUCAGGAAUAUAAAUUCCGAGUAGCCGCGGUCAAUGCCGAAGGUGAAUCCGAACCGCUGGAAUCCGAACAAACGAUUGUUGCUAAGAAUCCAUUUGACGAACCGGGUGCCCCUGGAACUCCUGAAGUGACCGACUGGGAUAGGGACCACGUGGACUUAAGAUGGACUCCACCAUCCAAUGAUGGCGGAUCUCCAAUCACAGGAUACAUUAUUGAAAAGAGAGAGAAGGGAUCUCCGAAGUGGACGAAAGCAGGCGAAACUGGUCCCUACGAAACGAAAGGGACGGCGGACAAUUUGGAUGAAGGCGUCGAAUAUGAAUUUAGAGUUCGGGCGGUUAACGCUGCUGGGCCUGGGGAACCAAGUCAAGCCUCUAAAUCGGUAGUCACCAAACCUAGAAGAUUGCCACCCAAAAUUGACCGCCGCAAUUUGCACAAUUUGACGGUAAAAGAAGGAGAACCGAUUUACAUAGACGUAAAAAUCAGCGGCGAACCAGCCCCCGACGUCACGUGGUACCAAGAGGGCCGUACGAUUACGCAAACGGCACAUAAACGCGUCGACGAUAUUCCCAAUAACUCCAAAUUCUUCAACGACAAACCCGAACGAAAGGAUACUGGAGUUUAUAAAAUCGUGGCGAUUAAUAAAUACGGUCAGGACCAGGCGGAAAUCGAAAUCACUGUCGUCUCUAAACCUGGGCAACCCGAAGGACCGCUAGAGGUGUCCGACAUUCACAAGGACGGUUGCACACUCAAAUGGAAGCGACCAAAAGACGAUGGCGGGGAACCGAUUGAAAACUACGUUGUCGAAAAAAUGGACCCCGAAACCGGAUUGUGGCUGCCCGUAGGUAAAACUACGGGAGCCACUCCGGAAAUGAAAGUGGACGGUCUUAUUCCGGGCCACGAAUACAAAUUCAGAGUGAAAGCUGUUAAUAAGGAAGGUGAAUCUGAACCAUUGGAGACUGCCGGAACUAUUACAGCCAAAGACCCGUACGGAACGGCCACCAAACCGGGAACCCCCGAACCUCAAGAUUGGUCUGCAAAUCACGUGGAGUUGAAAUGGACGGAACCAGCAUCGGACGGCGGGGCCCCAAUUACAGGCUACAUCGUCGAAAUGAAGGACAAAUACAGCCCGCUAUGGGAGAAAGCUCUGGAAACUACCACCCCCACCCCUACAGCUUCCAUAGGAGGGUUGAUUGAGGGCAACGAGUACCAGUUCCGGGUGAUCGCGGUCAAUGCUGCCGGACAAAGCCCUGCCUCUGACGCUAGCAAAACGUUUAUCGCUAAGCCCAGAUUUUUGGCACCCAAAAUUGACAGACGUUAUUUGCAUGACGUCACGCUAUCGGCAGGUUCGCCUCUCAAAUUCGAAGCGAAUAUCAUCGGCGAACCACCACCGACGGUCGAAUGGCGUUUCAACGGUAUCACAUUGAAGAACGACAAACGCACCACGAUUGAUAACGUCGACUACAACACGAAAAUAGCGAUCCGCCCUGUAAAUAGGGACGAUACCGGACAGUACACGGUGACCGCCACCAACAGUUCCGGAAAGGACACUCACGUGAUCAACGUUACCGUAACCGACAAACCGACCCCACCCCAAGGACCCCUUCAAAUAUCCGACGUGAACAAAAACGGUUGCAAACUCAAAUGGAAACGUCCGAAAGACGACGGCGGUACUCCUAUCGAGUACUACCAAGUGGACAAGAUGGAUCCGGAAACCGGAUGUUGGGUACCGUGCGGCAGAGCGACGGAACCCAAUUUCGAGGUAACCGGAUUAACUCCGGGCCACGAAUACAAAUUUAGAGUAGCCGCUGUGAACUCGGAAGGUGAAUCAAAACCGUUGGAAGCUGAAGAGGCAAUCGUCGCUAAAAAUCCCUUCGACGAGCCUGGCGCGCCGGGUCACCUCAAAGCAACCGAUUGGGAUAAAGACCACGUCGAUCUGGAAUGGACGCCCCCUAAAGAUGACGGCGGAGCUCCGAUCACAGGUUACAUAAUAGAAAAGAAAGACAAGUUCGGCGAUUGGGAGAAAGCUCUCGAGGUACCGGGCGAUAAGCUAAAAGCCACGGUCCCGGAUUUGAUCGAAGGGCAACCCUACCAGUUCAGAGUGAGGGCGGUAAACGCAGCCGGACCCGGUGAUCCGAGUAACGAAACACCCACGAUAAUAGCGAAACCGAGAAACUUGGCCCCCAAAAUUGAUAGGACCAAUUUGAUCGAAGUGCGUAUCAGGGCCGGUCAAAACUUCAAUUUCGACGUUAAAGUGUCGGGCGAACCGAUGCCGACCACUAAAUGGUUACAAAAGGGCAAAGAAAUUAAAUCAGGGCCCAACGUCAAAGUCCAACAUGGCGAUUAUAACACGAAAAUAUCAGUACGAAACGCGACGCGUGGUGAUUCUGGUACUUACACCGUCACCGCCGAGAACGUCAACGGUAAGGAUAUCGCAGAAGUUGAAGUGAUCGUCUUGGACGUGCCUAGUCCGCCUGGAGGACCCCUCAAAGUAUCCGAUGUCCACGCCAACGGUUGUAAGCUCAGUUGGAGACCUCCGGCUGACGAUGGCGGUCAACCCGUUGAGAGAUACGUGGUGGAAAAAAUGGACGAAGCCACCGGACGGUGGGUACCUGCUGGCGAAACUGACGGUCCCGAGACGUCGUUGAAAGUAGACGGACUAACACCCGGUAAAAAGUACAAGUUUAGAGUUCGCGCUGUUAACCGUCAAGGUAAAUCGGAACCGUUGCAAACGGCCCAAGCGAUCGAAGCUAAAAAUCCGUUCGACGAGCCUGGCAAGACCAGCGCACCUGAGAUCGUGGAUUAUGACAAAGAUUUCGUCGAACUCAAGUGGGACAAGCCCGAAAACGAUGGCGGAUCUCCAAUCACGGGUUACGUUAUCGAAAAACGAGACAAAUUUAAUCCGAAUUGGGAAAAAUGCGCUGAAGUUGAAGGAGAUGUUCCCCGGGGUAAAGUGAACGAUCUUAUCGAAGGUACUCCGUACGAAUUCCGUAUUAGGGCCGUAAAUAAAGCCGGGCCCGGUGAACCCAGCGACGCGUCCAAAAUCCACGUCGCCAGACCUAAAAAUUUGGCACCGAAAAUUGAUAGAAACGCUUUGUUCGAUCUCAAAGUCAAAGUCGGGCAAUCGAUCGAAUUCAACGUGCCGGUUAUCGGCGAACCACCGCCGAGCAAAGAAUGGACCCACAAAGACGACGUUCUAUUUAAUUCCGACCGAAUUAAAAUCGUAAACGAAGAUUAUAAGACAAGCAUAAAAAUAUCGGACGCUCAAAGAGGCGACAGCGGUCCGUAUACCCUUACCGUGAAAAACGUAAACGGUAAAGAUGUCGCCACAGUUAAGGUCACAGUUUUGGAUGUGCCUACCCCACCCGAAGGCCCUCUGACUGCUGACAAUGUCACCAAAAAUUCGCUAACGCUCCAUUGGAAACCACCCAAGGAUGACGGUGGUUCCGAGAUUACUCAUUAUGCGGUAGAAAAGUUAGACACCGAAAAUAUGAGAUGGGUGCCGGUAGGCGACUCCAUCGGAACGUCCAUGAGGGUGCCCAACUUGACGGAAGGGCACGAUUAUCAAUUUAGGGUGCGGGCUUGCAAUAAACAAGGUGAUUCCGCGCCGCUCACCACUACGGAGAGCAUUACGGCAAAAGAUCCUUUCACUAAACCGGAUAGACCUGGAGCGCCGAAACCGACAGAUUGGGAUAAAGAUCACGUCGAUCUCGAAUGGAGCCCUCCUAGGAAAGACGGUGGAGCGCCAAUUACGGAAUAUAUUAUCGAGAAACGGCCUAAACAUGGAACCUGGGAAGAGGCGGCGCGAGUACCCGGCAACACCACUAAAGGAACGGCACCCAAUUUAACAGAGGGAGAAGAAUACGAAUUCAGAGUAAUCGCUGUUAACAAAGGUGGCCAUAGUGAACCUAGCGAGGCGUCUGUUCCUGUAAUCGCCAAGCCAAGGUUCCAAGCACCUACAUUUAACAAAAGUCUACUCGAGGACAUCACGGUUAAAGUUGGACAACGUUUCGGUUGGGUCAUACCGAUCGAAGCGUCACCCAAGCCGACGGCAAAAUGGACACUGAACGGUAAAGAAGUAUCACCGAACGAACGAAUCGACGCCGCAGUAUACAACAACAAAGUUUCGUUUGAUAUAUCGUCGUCGUUGCGAUCAGACGCUGGAAGAUAUACUUUAACCCUUACCAACGACUUGGGAAGCUUUAGUGCGUCAGCUCAAGUCACCGUGCUGGAUAAACCUGGACCUCCACAACCUCCGCUAGAUGUUAGCAGUGUCACCAAAGAGAGCGCCAGAAUAUCUUGGAAGAUUCCUCUAGACGACGGCGGGUCACCUAUACUUCACUACGUGGUCGAGAAAAUGGACGUAUCUCGUGGAACAUGGUCGGACGCUGGAAUGGCCACGAUUACGUCUCACGAUAUCACCAGAUUAAUCCAUCGCAAGGAAUAUUAUUUCCGAGUUAAAGCAGUUAACGCUGUCGGUGAAUCCGAGCCUCUCGAAACGUCGAGAAGCAUCAUCGCCAAAAACGAAUUCGAUGAACCAAGUGCCCCAGGCAAACCAGCAGUUACCGAUUGGGACAAGGACCACGUAGAUUUGGAAUGGACACCACCGAAAAACGAUGGUGGCUCUCCGAUCACAGGGUAUAUAGUGCAAAAGAAGGAAAAGGGAAGCCCUUACUGGACGAAUGCUGUGCAUGUCCCUGCGCGUAAGAAUGCUUGCACUGUGCCUGAUUUGACCGAAGGACAAGAAUACGAAUUUCGAGUAAUAGCCACAAAUACCGCGGGUCAGAGUGAACCAUCGGAACCCUCAGAUCUCGUCACCGCCAAAGCGAGAUUCUUGGCCCCUAAAAUUAAAACGCCCCUUAACGAUAUCCGGAUUAAGGCCGGUCUUAUUCUCCAUAUCGACAUUGACUUUAUCGGUGAACCUUGUCCGGAAGUCGUUUGGACCGUCGGCAGUAAACCUCUUAAUGCUGACGACCGUACGACUGUGACAUCCAUCGGUUAUCACACUGUCAUCCAUACUGUAAACGCUAAACGUUCAGAUAGCGGCUUAUACCAUAUUCUGAUUAGAAACAGUUCAGGUAUCGAUGAAGGAUCGUUCCAAGUAAACGUUUUGGAUCGUCCGGCUCCACCAGAGGGUCCUCUGGAAUACGAAGAAGUCACGGCCCAAAGCGUAACGUUAUCGUGGAAGCCGCCUAAAGAUAAUGGUGGAAGCGAAAUCACUGGAUAUGUUAUUGAGAAGCGGGAUUUGACCCACGGUGGUGGUUGGGUACCCGCCGUUAAUUAUGUCAACCCCAAGUACAACCACGCGGUAGUUCCUAGACUAUUAGAGGGAACGAAAUAUGAGUUCAGAGUAUUUGCCGAAAAUAUGCAAGGUCGUUCGGAUCCAUUAGAUACCGAAAAACCGGUGGUAGCCAAAAACCAAUACGACGUACCCGGAAAGCCAGGAAAACCAGAACUAGUGGAUAGCGAUAAGGACCACAUCAAAAUCAAAUGGUCGGCGCCCAUCAGUAAUGGAGGCUCACCUAUUGUCGGCUACGAUGUGGAGAGACGUGAUCGUGCUACAGGUCGAUGGGUCAAACUUAAUAAGGAACCCACUAAAAAUCUAGAAUAUUACGAUGACCGCGUGCAAGAGGGUCAUCAAUACGAAUAUAGAGUUUCUGCCGUUAACGCAGCAGGAAAUGGUAAACCGAGUGACGCAUCCAACGUUUUCAUUGCCAAACCGAUGAAAGAAAAACCGAAAUUGUGGCUCGACGGUAUAAUCGGAAGAAAAAUAAAAGUGCGUGCUGGGGAACCUAUAAACAUCGACAUCCCGUUGUCUGGAGCUCCUGCUCCUAAAGUAGAAUGGAUUAAAAAUAAAGUCAAUGUACCAGAAAGUAACAGACUUUACACGGAAACUAACAGCGAACACACUAGACUACGGGUUGAAGCUUCCAACAGAGGAGACUCUGGUGUGUAUACGGUACGAGCUAAGAACGAAUUCGGAUCUGAUGAAGCCGACAUCGAGGUAAUCGUCGUUGAUAAACCCGGAAUACCAAAAGGACCCCUACAGUACACGGCCACUACUCAAGAUACGGUGUCCCUAUCGUGGAAUCCGCCAGCAGACGAUGGCGGUGGCGAAAUUACCGGCUACAUUGUCGAAAUAUCUGAAUUUGGAAGUGAUUUAUGGAGACCAUGCCCGGGAUUCUGUCCCAGACCAUCGUUUACUGCGCGAGGAUUGACGGAAGGGAAAAAAUACGUAUUCAGAGUGCGCGCUGAAAACAUAUACGGCGUAUCGGAACCUCUAGAAGGUAAACCGGUGGUGGCGAAGAGUCCGUUCGAUCCACCUGGUCCACCAAGUCAACCGGAAGUGACCGGAUACACACCGUCAUCUUGUUCCUUGAAGUGGAAUCCACCUGUGGUGACGGGUGGAAAACCGAUAAGCGGUUACAUCGUGGAAAAACGCGAACGUGGUGGUGAUUGGGUGAAAGUUAACAACUAUCCCACUCCGAACGCUCAGUAUACCGUCCAAGAUCUUCGGGAAGGAAACAAAUACGAAUUCAGAGUAACGGCGGUUAAUGAAGCAGGACCAGGCGAACCGAGUAAACCGACGGAACCAAUUAUCGCCCAACAUCAAAGAUUCAAACCUUCGGCACCGGAACCACCAAAACCCGACCGCAUCACUAAAGACAGCGUUACGUUAUCUUGGAGACCACCUAAAAACGACGGCGGGUCGAAACUCAAGGGCUACAUUUUACAGCAACGUCCUAAAGGUGCUGAUGAUUGGACGGAUGUAAACUCCCUCCCCAUCAAUGAUACCGUCUAUACUGUUCCUAAACUAAAGGAAGGACAAGAAUACCAAUUCAGAGUUAUCGCCGUCAAUGACGUCGGUAAUUCCGAACCCAGCAGACCCAGCAAUCCCAUCCUCAUCGAAGAACAACCGAAUAAGCCCUGCAUGGAUUUGGGUGGCGUUCGAGAUAUAACCGUCCGCGCGGGAGAAGACUUUAGUAUUCACGUACCUUAUGUCGGAUUCCCUAAACCUACCGCCUCAUGGUUUGCCAACGACAAACAACUAGACGAGACUGAUAGCAGGGUAUUUCCACAACUUGCAGACGAUUACGCCAGCAUUAUCGUUAAGAAUUCGAAGCGUUCUGAUACCGGCCAAUACAGAUUACAAUUAAAAAAUCCGUCCGGUUUCGAUACCGCUACGAUUAACGUUAGAGUGUUGGAUAGACCAGGUAAACCGGAAAAUCUUCGGGCCGACGAAUUUGCAGGCGAUGCCUUAACCCUUUACUGGCAACCACCUAAAGAUAAUGGUGGCGCCGAGAUCACCAAUUACAUCGUCGAGAAAAAGGAAGCCAAAUCUUCCACGUGGACCAAAGUAAGCAGCUACGUAACCGUUCCUUUCGUCCGUAUUCGUAACCUAACUCUCGGCAAAGAGUACGACUUUAGAGUAAUCGCUGAAAAUCAAUACGGACAAUCCGAACCUGCUAUUACGUCUGAACCAAUUCGAGCUAGACAUCCAUUCGAUCCUCCAGGUGCACCUGGUACCCCGAGAGGAAUCGAAACAAGCGAGGAUUCUAUUACGAUACAAUGGACGAAACCUCGACAUGAUGGCGGAUCACCGAUUACGGGAUACGUAGUCGAGAAACGUCUUAUUACCGAAGAUAAAUGGACGAAAGCCUCUCAUGCUCUCGUUCCUGACUUAACCCUGAAAGUUAUCAGCUUAAUAGAAAAUCACGAAUACGAAUUCAGAGUAGCCGCAGUCAAUGCUGCGGGUCAAGGACCUUGGAGUUCCGCUUCCGAUGCGAUUUGCGCGAGAGCCGCCCCUAUAGCACCGAGAAUCACUUCGGACUUGAGUAUUCGAGAUAUCGUUGUUAUUGCUGGGGAAGAACUGAAGAUAACCGUGCCCUACGUCGCAUCGCCGAAACCUAAAACAACCUGGACUAUAAACGGAGACGAAGUUCUCGCCGACGAUAGAAUUAAAAUGGAUACCACAGACAUAGCUUCCAUAUUUUACAACAAGUCGGCCAAACGUUCAGAUACCGGCAGUUAUACGAUUAAAUUAACUAAUUCCAUGGGUUCCGAUUCGGCAUCUUGUCGCGUACUCGUGGUAGACAGACCACAACCACCUCAAGGUCCACUCGACAUAUCCGACGUCACACCAGAUAAUUGUUCGUUGGCGUGGAGACCACCUCUCGAUGAUGGCGGAUCACCGAUUACUAACUACAUCGUAGAAAAAUUAGAUACCAACGGAAUAUGGGUGAAAGUAAGCAGUUUCGUUCGCAAUACGCACUACGAUGUGAUGAGCCUCGAGCCAAACAAAAAAUACAGCUUCAGGGUUCGAGCGGAAAAUCAAUACGGCAUCAGUGAACCGUUGGAAAGCACCGAACCUGUGAUUGCCAAAUAUCCAUUUACCAUACCCGACCCGCCUAGUGCACCCAGAGUUGUCGAUUGGGAUAGCAAUACGAUUAACCUAACCUGGGAUCGCCCUGCUCACGACGGAGGUUCCCGAAUUCAAGGAUACAAAUUGGAAUACCGCGAUGUUAGAGACACGCACUGGAUAAGCGCGAGCGACUACCUAAUUAAAGACACCCACUUUGACCUUUACAACAUGGUCACCGGACAAGAGUACGAGUUUAGAGUUCGGGCUAAAAAUGCGGCCGGGUUUAGUAAACCGUCGGCCGCAUCGUCCAGAUUUAAACUCAAAGGCAAAUUCAACGUCCCCAGUCCACCACGCAAUCCUAAAGUCGUCAAUGUCGGCAAGGGUUACGUCGAUCUGACUUGGGAGCCACCUAGUUCUGACGGUGGAUCCAAAAUAACCGGCUAUAUCAUCGAAAAGAGAGAGAUUGGUAGCCCGUUGUGGUCCAAAUGUAACGAUUACAAUGUCACCGAUACCAACUUCACGGUUCUUAAUCUACAUGACAGAUCCGAAUACGAGUUUAGAAUAUCCGCCGUAAAUGCUGCCGGUAAAGGUGAACCCAGCACUUGCACGUCACCGGUUAAAGUCUGCGAAGUGCUCGGUGGAGAGAAACCCGACUGGAUUCGACGUUUGUUCAACACGUCAGCGCCGCUUGGUAGAACUGUCACCCUAGAAUGCGAGGCCAGCGGCAAACCUGAACCCACGUUCCGUUGGUUGAAGAACGGACGUGAAAUUCAACACGGAGGAAGAUUCAGACUGGAAUCUAAAAACGGAACUGCCUUUUUGCAUAUUUCUGAUCUGCUGGAUAUCGACGACGGCGAUUACACUUGCGAAGCGAGCAAUUCUUUGGGAGCCGUUACUACCACAGCGAGAUUAAAGAUUGGAAAUCCACCCAGAAUCGAGCGACUUCCGGGUGACUUAUACUUAGCCGAAGGUGAUAAUACGAAAAUUAAAAUUUACUACAGCGGAGAUCAACCUCUCGAUGUAACCCUAACGAAAGACGGACAAAAGAUCGACGACGAUUCUCACAUCAGAUUUACCAUUUUCGACGAUUACAUUAUCAUAUUCAUAAAAGACAUAAAAAAGAACGACGCCGGAUCUUACAAUCUGACGGUGAAGAAUGAUAGCGGAAGCGCAUCUGGUAGUUUCCCGGUAUUCAUUACUGGUCUACCUGGACCUCCGACUGGCCCCUUAGAAGCAACGGAUAUUACCAAACAUACGUGCACCCUUAACUGGAAACCCCCUAGCUACGACGGAGGUCUCCGCGUUACCCACUAUGUAGUGGAAAGGAAAGAUAUCAGCGGAACCCAUUGGAUAACCGUUUCGAGCUCGUGCAGAGAUACAACGUUUACGGUACAAGGAUUAACCGAAGGACAAGAAUAUUUAUUUAGAGUAAUGGCGGUAAACGACAACGGCAUGGGACCUCCACUCGAUGGAGUUAACCCAGUGAGAGCUAAAGCACCAUUUGACAAACCAUCGCCUCCUGGUGUACCUAAAGUGACCCAAGUCGGUGGCGAUUUCGUUAACCUAGAAUGGGACAAACCAGAAAACGACGGUGGAGCUAGAAUCCAAGGCUACUGGAUUGAUAAACGGGAAGUGGGCUCUCUAGCUUGGCAACGGGUUAAUCCGUCGUUAUGUCUACCCACGCAGAUCAACGUAUCAAAUCUUAUAGAAGGACGUCAAUAUGAGUUCAGGGUGUUCGCGCAAAAUAUUGCUGGUAUCUCGGAACCAUCUUCGGCAUCCACAUCAGUGGUCGUUAAAGAUCCUCUGGCACCUACACCGCCUGAGAUCAUCAAACCGCUUAAGAAUGCUCAGUGUAUACAGAACCACAACGCUAAAUUCGAAUGUACGAUAACGGGGGUGCCAGCGCCUACAAUCACGUGGUACAAAGGGGCUAGGGAAAUCACUAGCGGAUCCAGGUAUCACAUUUACAGCGAAGGCGAUGUUCACCAUCUCGUUAUUCAUGACGUGUUUGGAGAAGACGCAGACGAAUACGUGUGCAGGGCGGUUAAUAAGGGUGGAGUCAAAUCGACCCGGGCUGAAUUACUAAUAAUGACCGCGCCUAAACUAAACAUUCCACCUCGUUUCCGAGACACGGCAUAUUUCGAUAAAGGCGAGAACGUCAUUAUCAAAAUUCCAUUCACUGGUUUCCCCAGACCCAAAAUUACAUGGGUACGAGAAGGUGAAGUGAUCGAAUCUGGCGGUCAUUAUCACGUCGAAGUUAAAGACAGACACGCGAUUCUCACCAUCCGCGACGCUAGUAAACUGGACAGCGGUCCUUAUAGGAUCACCGCCGAAAAUGAACUGGGACAAGACACGGCAAUCGUUAAAAUUCAAAUUGCCGAUCGUCCAGAUCCGCCGAGAUUCCCAGCUAUCGAUAAUAUCGGAACCGACUCUUUGGCGCUAAGCUGGAAAGCACCUGUAUGGGACGGCGGAAGCAACAUUACGAAUUACAUGGUAGAAAGACGAGAACAUCCUUUGUCUACAUGGAUUAGGGUCGGCAAUACCCGUUUGACAACAAUGGCGGUGAGCGGACUCACUCCAGGGCAUCAAUACGAGUUUAGAAUUUACGCCGAAAAUAUUUACGGCAGAUCAGAUCCGUCCGAAGUAAGCACGUUGGUAACGAUGAAAGAUACGAUCAAAAAGAAAGUGGAGAAACGAAAAUACGAAGUGGAUGAGACGGGCAAAAAGAUCCGGGAAUCACACAAGGAACCAAUUAAAGAUUAUGACAAUUACGUGUUCGAUAUUUACUCUAAAUUUGUACCGCAACCUGUAGAAAUCAAAACCAGGAGCGUAUAUGAUGACUAUGACAUACUAGAGGAAAUCGGAACGGGAGCGUUCGGAGUCGUUCAUCGUUGUCGUGAACGUAAAACCGGUAACAUUUUCGCAGCUAAAUUCAUUCCCGUUUCGCACGCUAUGGAAAAAGAAUUAAUCCGAAAGGAAAUCGACAUAAUGAACCAACUACAUCAUCCCAAGCUUAUCAAUUUGCACGACGCGUUUGAAGACGACGACGAGAUGGUUCUCAUUUACGAAUUUUUAUCGGGUGGUGAGUUAUUCGAACGAAUUACCGCCGAAGGAUACAGCAUGUCAGAGGCGGAGGUCAUUAAUUACAUGAGGCAAAUUUGCGAAGGAAUCAAACAUAUGCACGAGAAAAAUAUAAUACACCUCGAUAUUAAACCGGAGAACAUCAUGUGCCAAUUGAGGAAAGGGACUAAUAUUAAAUUGAUCGAUUUCGGAUUAGCCACCAAGUUAGAUCCGAACGAGGUAGUUAAAAUUUCUACCGGCACAGCUGAAUUUGCGGCCCCGGAAAUUGUCGAACGAGAACCGGUCGGGUUUUACACCGACAUGUGGGCGGUGGGAGUUUUAGCGUACGUACUGCUUAGCGGAUUGUCACCGUUUGCUGGAGAAAACGACAUCGAGACCCUUAAAAAUGUCAAAGCUUGCGAUUGGGAUUUCGAUGAAGAAGCGUUCGCGAACGUUUCCGAAGAAGGCAAAGAUUUCAUUCGCAGAUUACUGUUGAAGAACAAAGAAAAGCGUAUGACCGCUCAAGAGUGUCUUUUGCAUUCAUGGCUGGCCGGAGACCACAGCGAUAAAACGCAAGUAAUCGAUCGAUCCAAAUACUUGCGUAUCCGGGAUAGGAUCCGUGCCAAAUACGACGCUUGGGAUUCGUUUGUCCUCCCCAUUGGCAGGCUCUCUGAAUAUUCAUCCCUUCGUAAAUUACUCAUCGACAAAUAUAAAAUACACGACACCUACUUCGAUCGUCGACAAGCCGCGCCACGAUUUGUCAUUAAACCUCAAAGCGCUUUCUGCUACGAAGGACAAAGCGUUAAGUUCUACUGUAGAGUAAUUGGUGUCGCUACGCCGACGGUCAGUUGGUACCACAACAACGUCGAACUCAGACAGAGCGUGAAAUUUAUGAAGCGCUACGCGGGUGAUGAUUACUACUUCAUUAUUAAUCGAGCCAAACUCCAAGAUAGGGGUGAAUAUAUUAUAAGGGCGGAGAAUCACUACGGUUCCAGGGAGGAAGUGGUAUUCCUCAACGUGCAACCGUUGCCCAAAGUAGUACCAGAAUACAAACCGGAAACGCCGGUAAUACGAAGGAGGGAACCACUUCCUUACACCUUCUGGCAAGAGGAACAAGAAUGUGCUCCCAGUUUCACGUUCUUGCUUAGACCGCGUGUGAUGCAAGAGCGUGACACCUGUAAGCUCUUGUGUUGCCUCAGCGGCAAACCCUUCCCUACCGUCAAAUGGUACAAGGAUAAACGCGAACUGAGCAAAUAUGAAUAUUCAAUGUCUCACUCGGACGGAGUCAUAACAAUGGAAAUUGUCGGAUGUAGACCAUCCGAUUCCGGCAUUUACACUUGCGUCGCUACCAAUCCUCAUGGACAAGAUGAAACGUCAUGCGUUGUUAUCGUUGAAGGUGAAACAAGUACUGAAGAACAAACGAAAAUGGCGGAAAGAAUAUUACAUUCUGGCGACAGGAAAUUUAUAGAGCAUCCUAUUAAGCCGGCACCUGUUCCGGUAACUAUUAGGAAACAAGUAACCACGCCGAAUCCGAUACAACCCCGAUCCACCAAUACGAGUUCUAACAGUUUGGCACACUCGCCUUCGAAUUUAAGUGUCGGAGAUUCAGAUAAACGAACGCCAAGGAAAUAUGGUCGACUCGAUUCAACUGGAAGUCCAAACAGGUCACGAAGUGCGACCAAGGAACUAGCUCUUCCCCCAGAUUCGACGAUGGGACCACCGCAAUUCACAAAAGGACUUACAGACUUAACAAUAAACGACGGCGAUAGUUUGACAUUGACAGCCCACGUUCAAGGCGACCCGGAACCUCAAAUAGUAUGGACCAAGGACGGCAAACCUCUUAGUUCAUCCGAAGUGAUUGAUCUCAAAUACAAAAACGGAAUUGCCAAACUACAUAUCAACGAAGUAUACCCAGAAGAUGAAGGCGUGUACGUAUGCAAAGCGACCAACUCGAUGGGAACAACCGAAACAAAAUCGAAACUCACCAUUAAACUAAUGGCGAACGCCACCAACGGCAAGAAGAAAACCGAAGACAAACCGCCGACCAUAGUAAGCCAUUUGGAAUCGGCAUUCGUUAAAGAUGGCGAACCGGUCACGAUAUCAUGCCGUAUCAUAGGCGCCGAUAAAUUCGAUGUAAUCUGGCUCCACAACAACAAAGAAAUUAAACCCAGCAAAGACUUCCAAUACGUCAACGAGGCGAACAUUUACAAACUGACGAUAGCCGAAAUAUUCCCGGAAGAUUCCGGUGUAUACACGUGCGAGGCGUUUAACGAUGCCGGCGAAAGUUUCAGCAGUUGUACAUUAAACGUUGUGGUACCAGGCGAACAACCCAAAAGUCCCGUUUUCAAAACAUUCCCAAUUUCCGCUACGCUUUCGGAGGGUGAAACGGCCACAUUCGCUGCCGAAACCGAAGACGAACCAUUACAAAUCAGUUGGUUAAAAGACGGCAAACAGAUCAAAGAAAGCAAAACUAAAUACAAAUUCACGGCAGACGGUAAAAGAUAUACGUUGCAAAUAGUAUCGUGCGACUCUAACGAUGUCGGUCAGUAUCAAGCGAAAGCGAUUGGAAAAAAAGGGGAAACUUUCGCCGCGUUUUCGCUCAAUGUUGUACCAAGCGGUCAACUAUAAAGCCCGCCUCCUCAUCCCAACACUGACUAACCGCAUUAUAACGCUCUUAACGAAAAAACGACUUGCUCCGUUAUGUAAAUCAUUUGUUUAUUUAUUUGUAAGUAUUUUGUAUAAAACGGUGUAUGAUAGGAAAUGGCGCGUGGUUCUUUCCGGGAUCGUUUCCGGCAUCCUCAAACUUAACACCUUCGCGGGGGCGAACCGGGGAGAGAACCCGCUGGUAGAUAAUUAUAUUUUUUUCGAACGCGCGAAACAAGGAGCACAACUUUCGAACUAUUACCUACUAAUUAGAUUAAAUUGAAUGAAAUUGCGAUGUUUAUUUAGUGAAGUGCUUGAGCCAUUAUUUUCAUUACGCCAUCGUUGUCCGUUAUUUAAGAUUUCAUUAAAGCGCAUUAUUGCUUCCGCGAGCCGUACCAAAAAUGUAUCAUAUUCUGUAAAAAAAUAAAAUAUUUAAUUUUUAAAA